CUGGAAUCGAUAGAGGGUCCGCUUUUUUUGGGUCGGCAGCGAUGGAGGAUGGCAACGAUGGCAGCGCCUUGCUUUUCGAGACGGUCAAACGGAUUCGUGAAUGGGUGGAUUCCACGUUCCAAGAGGAUGUGGCCAAAAGGUUCCAUCGGAAGGGCCAUCUCAAGGGGCGGUUCCUGGUGAAGCUGACGGAUGAGAUGUGGAACCAGUUGAAGGUCUACAUCCAGGCCUCAUUCUCCUUGUCCAAGCUUCAGCUGACCAAAGGUGAGAGCUUGGGACAGCCCUGCAUCGACCUGGCGGCUGGCGCCACAGGCGCAGGCCAUGCGGCUACGAGGGCUGCGGCUGCGCCGCUCCAGGCCAGCUGCGAUCAGGCUUCAAAGCGGCCAGCUGACGAUGCGGCGACGGCAAGCCGCGGCAAACGGGCCAAGGUGAGCGCUGGCGGGCAGACGACAGAUCCGGAGGCCUACGACGCCUAUGAAGUCCGUGAGGGACCAAAGGGCCUGGAGGAAGCGAGAGAUGCCCUGAAGGCUGCGAUGCGUGAAGCGUGUGAAGCGGGUGAGAAGAAAGGACAGCGUGCACGCUGUGAAGCGCUUCGGUGGUUGAAAGGCCUGGAGCAGCGAAAGGUGAGCGCUCGCGAGCUGGCACAGACCAAGAUCGGCCUUGUUGUGAAUGAGUGGCGCCAGGUCUUUAAUCGGGUCUUCAAAGACCAAGCAUCGAAGGAAAGGGCCCAUGACCUGCUUUCUUCUUGGAGGAAGCUGUGGCUGGAAGCCAAGGCCCUGAACUUUGCCAGCUGACCGCCUGAUAGCGCCUGAUAGCCUCACAGUGGCCUCGUGAUGCCGGCCUGGUG